GUCCCGCCUCCUGUGUUUUGGUGCUCCGAGGAAUCACGUGUUUUGCUCAUCCCAUGCCCUACACCGUCUCCGAAAUUCUCAAUAUCGCCGAAAACAUGGUGACAACGGAGGACUUGUCCGGCGAGACAGGUGCUCGAAGGGAGCCCCAAUUUUACCGGGAUUCGUCUACGACGGCCUUGGACAUGGACACAUCAAACUUGCUUCUCGGAGCCGGGGUGACAGUGAUCACACACCCGCUGCUGUACGUCAAACUGCUAAUUCAGAUUGGACAUGAGCCCCUCACCCCAACUGUUGGAACCACCAUGUUUGGGAGGAAAGUGUUGUACCUCCCUGGAUUCUUCUCCUAUGCACAGCACGUUGUAAGGGUGGAUGGAAAGAGGGGACUCUUCCGAGGUCUGUCCCCUUGUAUUAUGUCCAGUGCCAUCUCUACCAUGGUCCGGAGUAAAGUCAAACAGACCAUUCCAGCAGAUGAUGUAUCGAACAGAGAUGACUUGAAGACCUCCCUCAGGAAAGUGGUCAAAGUGACCUCACAUGAGAUGGUCAUCCAGUGCCUGUCCAGGAUAGCCACUCAUCCGUUCCAUGUGAUCUCAGUGCGCUGCAUGGCCCAGUUUGUGGGGAGAGAGGUCACGUACAGCGGGUUGUUUAGCUGCGUCACCAAAAUCUUCAAGGAGGAGGGCGUUGGGGGAUUCUUUGUGGGGAUUGUGCCCCAUGUCCUAGGUAAGGUCAUCUUUCUGUGGUGUUGUAACCUCCUGGACCAUUUCAUCAACACCUACGCAGUGGACGACAAUUUCAGCCAAGCCCCAGUAAUCAGAAGCUACACUAAGUUAGUGAUGGGGAUUGCUGUGAGUGUGUUGACAUACCCAUUUAUGCUGGUGGCAGACCUGAUGGCAGUCAACAACUGUGGCUUGGUGGCUGGUGUUCCCCCUAACUCUCCCAUCUUCAAGUCCUGGGUACACUGUUGGGCUCACCUGAGCCAUGAGGGCCAUCUCUUCCGAGGGUCCAGCUUCUUCUUCCGCCGCGUACCUGUGAAAGCCAUGGCCUUGACUGAGGAGUGAAGUCAUCAACUGCCGCACAACCUGUGUCACUGUUCUCCUUCCUAACUGCUACCUCAGUGAGACCAACGUACAGCCCACCAAGUCAAACCUUCCCCUCAACUUAAACCCCCUGGUGGAUACAGCAGGAGCAGCAAGAUAUUUUUUUGCUGAAUCAAAGUUACUUACAAAUGAAGAGUUGUUUUGUUAAUUUUGUUUUUAAUCUUCAGUAUUAGUUUAGCCACUCAAAAGUAAGAGGUUGGAGGAGUGAGACUUAUUGUGAGUAAAUCAAAAUGCUACCCAAUAGAUUUCCUCUUAGUUGAAUGCUGAGGGUAUAAUCUCCUUUUACUAUCCCAGCCCAAAGUUGCACAAUUUUUUUUAUUUGUUCAAAUCUAUCACUUCAUUUUGCCAUUUAUUUAUUUUUAUAUACAGUUUAAUUAAGUUCUAUGUAAGCUUUGGAAUUUGAUAGUUGAUAACGUCAUCUAUUGAAAAUAUGCCAAAUGUUACUUUUUCAAAGGAUCUUCUUCCCAGUAGCAUGAUAAGUGUGGUUGCAUUCGAAAGUGAUCCUUUGCCUCCUAUCAGAAGUGCUUUAACCAAGAAUUAUACCUAUUCAGAAACAUCAUAAGCCCACAAUAACUAGAGUACUCUCCUUUCAACCAUAAGACUAAUUUGAUCACAUAUUCUUACAAAUUGCAGCUCCAGUGUUCUCUUGCCAUGAGAGGAGUAAGAAACGGGAGGAAUUCAGAGGGCAACCAGUGGUUUUCAGGGAUGUCUAAAAACGUAGCCUGCCAUCCCAAAAAGUUUUUCUCUAUGGCCAUAUUGACAAAUUACCUUGAUAUAUCACUUAUACGUCUAACUGGUGCAAAAUUAUGGGUAUGUUUGUGUUACCAAUGACAAAGAAAUGCUACAUUAUAUGGUGACAAUGGCUGAGCAUAUUAUGCAUAUUAUGCCACAUUUUGCAUUCAGGUUAAGGGUGUGUGCCUGAUCAGUCAACUGACCACUUCUGUUUAUUGAGUUAUUUUUGACUGCAGUUGAAGAUCCCAGUUAGCCUGAUAGUUUACAGUUAACCACUUGUAGUAGCAUAUAAAUCAAAGGAAUCCCCUUACCUCCUCAUUUACAUGAUCAUAUUGUGUCUCCCCCAUGAUCAGUGUUAACCACAAAAUGAUCCUGACCGGGUUUGGUAUGGGCUGUGUUUGUGUCCUUAUUCCAGAUUUGUUCUUGUCAAGUUCCAGUUUUUUCUAAUCAUUUCUCUAAUCAUGUCUACUUUAAAUAAUGUGUGGGAAAAGCAUGCAGAAGAGAAAUGCUUUGCCAAGUGUGUGAGUGGGUUUAUUAUAAUGUGUGCAUCUUUAUACCAUGUAAUUGAGAAUAUGGUGUCCAGUGAUGUAAUCUUUCUGUAUGUGUCUUUUUUUCUCAAAAUGCCAUGAGUAUUCACUAUCGUGUUCUGAGUUUCCAGUCAAACAUUCCCUGUAAACUGUGAUCUCCGAAAGAGGGAGAAGCAAUGGCGAGGCAGUUGCUUUGCAACCUUGCAUUUCCAAUGUCUAUUAUUUUCCUGAAAUAAUAUUAAACCUGGCAUGCUUGCCUAUUCUACA